AUGCCGGAAGCCAGCAAGACAAGCGACGCUAGCUCGAGCGCCUCCUCCAAGUUGGCGUUGGCGCGCGAUAAGGUGUCGGACAAGGCGCACGAGCUCCACGAUAAGGCAAGCGACAAGGCGAGUGAACUCCACGACAAGGCAUCGGACAAAGCCAGUGAUCUCAAAGAGAAGGCGUCCGACAUGUCGAGCAAGGUGGCCGUUAAGGCCCGCAGCGCCAAGAACAAAGUCACGGGCUCUAUGAAGACGAGCGACAACAGCGACGACCCGUACUAG